AAUUUAAGUGGUUUAGGUGAAAGCGAAAAAGAUGACAUAAUUUUGCAAUUGCAACCUUGACAACUAAUUUCACAGUGAGAGUGAGACCAACUCAACCACCUCUGAUGAUGGGAACCACGUGUAUCCCAACCACUAAUGCUCUUCUCAAACCUCACAAGUUACCUGCGAAUUUCUCUAAUCUCCGUGAUAGCGUUCCAUGUCUGAGGUUCCUCACACCCCACCUGCGUUCCUCUCACUCUCACUUGGGAAGCAGAGUAAAGUUGGCAUCUUUUUCGAUGCCCAAGGCAACCCAUUUGAGGGUUUCACUAGAUGCACUCUCACCAACGUCUUCCUCUCCUCGGGUAAUGGCGGAACAUGACUUGCUCAUUGUGGGUCCCGGGGUUCUUGGCCGUUUGGUUGCUCAGAAAUGGCGUCAGGAAACUCCUGGUUGUGAAGUUUAUGGUCAGACAGCGACCACUGAUCAUCACAACGAGUUGAUUCAAAUGGGUAUUAACCCGUCUUUGAAAUGGACAGAAGCUACUCACAAAUUUCCGAAUGUCCUUUAUUGUGCUCCACCUUCCCGGACCCCAGACUAUGCUGGUAAUGUUAGGCUAGCUGCAUUAAGCUGGAAUGGUGAAGGUUCUUUCUUAUUUACGUCAAGCAGUGCUCCAUAUGAUUGUAAUGAUAAUGGACCAUGUGAUGAGGAUUCUCCAGUUGUACCAAUUGGGAGGAACCCUAGGACUGAUGUCCUUCUAAAAGCUGAAAAUGUGGUACUGGAGGUUGGUGGCUGUGUUCUAAGAUUGGCAGGGUUAUAUGAAGCAGAUAGAGGUGCACACAACUAUUACUUGGAAAAGGGUAUUGUUGAUAGUCGACCUGAUCACAUCCUAAAUCUUAUUCAUUAUGAGGAUGCAGCUUCCCUCGCAGUUGCAAUCUUGAAGAAAAAUUUUCGUGGACAAAUUUUCUUGGGUUGUGAUAAUCAUCCUUUGUCCAGGCAAGAAAUGAUGGAUCUGGUUAAUAAAAGUGGGAAAUUCAGUAAAAAUUUUGAUAAGUUUACUGGAACUGAUGGGCCUCUAGGGAAGAGAUUAAACAACGCAAGAACCCGCCAGGUUGUUGGUUGGGAGCCCAAGUACCCUAGCUUUGCUCGUUUUGUAGAGAGCAUUCCUUAGUUUAUCUUUUGUUCACUCUAGUUAAUGUGGAAAACACAAUAGAUAGGUUCCUUAGGGAUUUCUUGCUGUGGAUGGAGUUCUUCAUACCUAUAAUAGUUCUUCAUAUUUGACAUUGACUACAAGAACCUAUGAUCAAUCAUUGAAUUGUCUUAAAACUUUUGUGGUUUGAUCACUUCAAUAUAAGGACUGAUGAGAGGUUCUAUCCA